AUGCCGGUACCAGUACUCGUCAUCGUUUGCCAUAUAUUUGCUAAAGCCGAAAAUGUUGAUCAUGUUAAAAAUAUACUUACAGCCUUAAUUGAACCAACGAAGAAAGAAGAAGGGUGUAUUCGAAUUCGGCUCUUGGAGGAUAUUGCAGAUAAAACUCAUUUUACAUUUAUUUCUCAAUGGGAAAGUGACGAAGUGUACGAAAAUUAUUUGCAGGCACUUUAUAUCGCUAAAGCUGGUGAAGAUUUGAAGAAUGAAUUAGCAGAGGUGGCCGAUGUGAAAAAGUAUAAAUAUAUCCAACAUCCAGAGAAGAAAGAAGAAGCGAAGAAUUCUAGCGGACGUUGUACUCUGCUGUAG